AUGUCGGAGCUUUUGGAUUUGGAGUAUCAGUUGGCAAUCUACAAAGCCUAUCAUCUCCAUCCAAAGAAUGUGGUGAUUCAUUUGUUCUUUAUCCCAAUGAUCUUUUACACGGCUGCGGUCAUGCUGGGAGCCGUUCAGGUAGGCUCCUUCACGGCUGCUGACAUCGGAUCCUUCGGGUACGGUAUUUAUUACACUCUUCUUCAUGCGAAGGUUGGGUUGACCGCAGAUGCGAUCCUCGUUUCCAUAAUCGCAACUGUUCAUUAUUUCUACGACAACUUUUCACGCUCCCAAAUCCUUUAUCCGGCCCUGGUUCUUCAUAUCACGGGCUGGGCUUUCCAAUUCUGGGGACACUACUACUAUGAAAAGAAACGCCCAGCAUUGAUCGACAAUCUCGCACAGCCUUUGGUUCUUGCACCUUAUUUUGUCCUGUGGGAGCUCGUUUUCGCAUUCGGUUUUGAAAAAGAUCUCAAGACCAAAAUGGAAAAAAGAGCAAAGCAGCUGCGUCCUCCUGAUAAGCCCAAACAGUGA